UUCAAUCUUUCACAGGUGAAAGUCAACACUCAAAGGCACCCACUAUAAUGGCUUCAGCUUCGACCUUUCUCUCACACCCAAACCCUUACACAAACGACGCCGUAUUCUCUUCUUCACGAAGUCGGUUCCAAUCCUUCAGCUCUCGAUCAAACUUCUAUGGCUCCAAAUUCACAUCCAAACCGAUUUCCUUGUCCACCUCCGGAACCCGACCCGUCCGACCCAAACCCGCUAGUUCUUCGGCCUCGGAACCGCACCAAACGUUCGAUGUUUUGAUUAUCGGAGCUGGAAUCAUCGGGUUGACCAUAGCCCGGCAGUUCCUGAUCGGGUCGGACCUAUCCGUUGCCGUGAUUGACAAGGCUGUCCCCUGCUCUGGUGCCACCGGCGCCGGGCAGGGGUAUAUAUGGAUGGCACACAAAACACCAAGCAGCGACCUGUGGGAGCUGGGACUCAGAAGCCAGAGACUUUGGGAGGAAUUGGCUGAGAGCCUAAUUGAGCAGGGGUUGGACCCUCUAGAACAUUUGGGGUGGAAGAAAACAGGGAGCUUGCUAGUUGGUAGAACUCCUGAGGAGUUGGAGGUGUUAAAAAAGAUGGUGAAGCAGCAAUGUGAAGCUGGGGUAAGAUCAGAGUACUUGUCGGCUACUGACUUGCGUGUUAAGGAACCUGAAUUGAGGGUUGAUAAAGAUACUGGGGCUGCUUUUCUGCCUGAUGAUUCCCAACUGGAUGCUCAUCGUGCCGUGGAGUUUCUUGAAAAGGGAAAUAGGCUUUAUUCAUCAGAGGGUAGAUAUGCGGAGUUUUAUAACGAUCCAGUGAUGAGUUUACUGAGAUCUGGUGGCAGUGGGGAGGUUGAGGCUAUUAAGACUUCCAGGACUAUCUUACACUGUAGAAAGGCCAUUGUGGUGGCAGCUGGUUGUUGGAGUGGAUCAUUGAUGCAGGACCUGAUUAGAGAAUCAGAAAUUGUACUGGACGUCCCUGUGAAACCACGAAAGGGUCACCUUCUAGUGCUUGAGAAUUUUAAUUCCUUUCAACUCAAUCAUGGUCUGAUGGAGGUGGGAUAUGUUGAUCAUCAAACUACAGUUCAGCUUCCUAACAUGUUGGCUCCUAGCUUGCUUGAUCAGAGCUUGUCUGUUUCAAUGACAGCCACUAUGGAUACAGUAGGGAACAUUGUUCUCGGGAGCAGCCGCCAAUUUGCUGGGUUCGGCACUGAAGUGGAAGAAACCAUCAUCAGUCGUAUAUGGGAUCGAGCUGGAGAAUUCUUUCCAAAAUUAAGAGAGAAGCCUCUUUCAGAUAUCAGUAAGAGCAGAGAAGUGAGAGUAGGAUUACGACCUUACAUGCCUGAUGGGAAGCCAGUGAUUGGGCCUGUGCCAGGUUUGCCAAACUUGUUCCUUGCCACUGGGCAUGAAGGGAAUGGACUUUCUAUGUCUCUAGGAACUGCUGAAAUGCUUGCACAUAUGGUGCUAGGCAAUGCUGAGAAGAUUAGUUCUGCACCUUUUGCUGCUCAUGGUCGAUGUUGAGGAUAAAGCAGACCGUGCUAAUCAAGUUUAAUCCAUCAGUUUUCUUGAUCAUUUCAUCUAUGGAUCACAAAUUCACAAUCUUCCCGCGGGCAAUCUAGAAAGCUUAAUGUCUAAAGUCAUGCCUCGGAGCACCUUCGUUUCUGCAGUGUUGGUAUGGUGCCUUCAGCUUGCUGCUCAUUCUCUGUACUCCAUAUGUUGUUAAUUCCAUUAUUAGCUUUCAGUACAUAUACUUCUUUUGUCUUA